CGGUAUAAUAAAGUAUGUUAGUAAAAGGGAAAUCUAACAAUUGAAUUUGCAGAACAUGCCCAGACUUAAGCUGAAUGGUUGUGAAACAAAAAGAAAUCCAAUGCGUCAUAAGCAACAGUCGACCUCUUGUCUCAGAAGGAUUUUCCCUUUCACUGCUAUUAAAUACCCUAAUAAGCCCAUGGCAUAUUUCACUAAUCUUCAAAUAACAAGCCUUUCUAUUUUAAAACCUCCAGUCCUAUAGACUUUCUCUGCUUGCAUGAAUAAAGGGUACACACUGUGAAGCGAGAUACUAUAGCAAAAUAAACAAGGAUUGUUUAUGUAUUCAAAUUUAGCUUUUGGUCGCUUGUCUUCGAGACUUUCCAGCAGAGUAUUAUCUGCAGUGUUAUUACUUUGUUUUCUAAAAAAAACACGUCCAAAUGAAGCCUACGGUGAGCACGGUGUACCACGUCAUUGCUUUCGGCUGGUAUGCCUUUGUCGUAAUGUCCCUGGCUGCCAAAGAUGGAGAGGACUUACCUCCUGGGAUAUUUGUCUAUGGGGGACCAUGGAAGUACCUCACCUUUUUGAAUUUGAUAUUGCAAUUGGUAUUCUUUGGCCUGGCUGCUGUGACUGAUCUUCAGGCUGGAAAAAAAUCGUCAAAGAUCCUCAACAGAUGUAAAGAUCUGCUUUUCUCUGUGUUUGUAUUCCCCGUUGGCAUGUUUGUCGUCCUGCUGUUCUGGAUGAUCUUUGCCUACGACAGGGAGCUUGUGUACCCAGCCAGCAUCGAUAGCUUCUUCCCUCCCUGGAUGAAUCACUCCAUGCACACGUUUGUUUUUCCUAUCUUACUGGGUGAGUUCUUGGUCCAGCCCCAUGUCUACCCAAAGACCAAGCAUGGCCUGGUAGCAUUGGGAGUCGUGGGCUUAUCUUACCUCAGCUGGGUGAUUUGGGUGUACUUGUCAGUCGGUAUCUGGGUGUAUCCCCUGCUGGGAUUAUUCAGUCACGGUGGACUGCUGUGCCUCUUCGUUUUUAACAUGUCUGUGGUUACCCUGCUCUACCUGCUGGGGGAAAAGCUCAACUACUGUGUCUGGGGUGAACUAAAGGAGAAUUCAAUGACUAAACAAAAGUGA